UCUCACGUGAUCGGGAGUCGACGUGUGCAGAAGUCCUGCUACUCUGGCCGUUGUUCCUCUCUGGGUACCAGCUCCCUUUCGCUGUGCAGGCGACGGGGCCUGAGGCCAAGGGAAGAAGGAGUUAACUUGCCGGCGUUGUGCAGGUUUGCGGGGCUGUUCUUCCUUAGCACGACACAAGGCUAGAAAAGGAGGAAAAAAACUAACUGGAUCAGUGCAGGAGUAAUUAUAUUCCAAGAGGAAUAGCAGGAAAAAAAGGAAGGAAGGGAGGCAGACAGACACAAGAUGAAACCCUGUCAAAAAAUUGAAGGAAAACCAGAGAAUGAGAGUGAAUCAAAACUUGAGGAAGAGCCAAAGCCUGAGGAAAAGACAGAGGAGGAGGAGGAAAACACAGAAGCAACUUUUAGAGAAAGGCUGAUUCAAUCUCUCCAGGAAUUUAAAGAAGAUAUACACAACAGGCAUUUAAGCAAAGAAGAUAUGUUUAGAGAAGUAGAUGAAAUGGAUGAGAUAAGGAGAGUAAGAAACAAACUUAUAGUGAUGCGUUGGAAGGUUAAUCGAAACCAUCCUUACCCUUAUUUAAUGUGAUUUGCCUUGAUUUUUAUUCUGAUAUUAACAUUGCCAUAUAGCUUUCUUUUGAUUUACGUUUUCCUGAUACACCUUUGCCCAUCUUCCUAACUUUUAACUUGUUGGUGUUAGUGGUUUUAGAAGCAUCUUAUUAUUUGCUUCCCAUUGUUUGUCAUAUUCUGAACCAAUCUACAAGUCUCUGUCUUUUAAUACGGGAGCUUCAGUUAUUUGUGGAAAAAAAAAGGCUACUAAGUAAUAUGUGAAUAUCAUAUUUUUGAAAGGGAAGAGUACAUUCAUAUAUAUAUGCACAUAAAAACGUCUGAAGGAUGAAACACAAAAAAGUAAUCUUUUGGUGGUGGGAUAAUGGGUUUUUUUUCUUUUUUUGCAUAUUUGUAUUUUUCCUUACUCCCAGAAUGAACACACAUUAUUGUUGUUAAAAAUAAUAAAAGUUUUUCACAAAAAAUUAA